AUUAACCAGUGCGAUUCAAAAUUUUAACUGAUUGAAGAUCGUCAGUUAGAGCUCGAAAUUGAAUCUGUGAACUGCGAUCCAUGUAGAAUUGAAUCGAUUUCCGUUCAAAUUUCCGCCAUUUCCGCCGUAAAACUCUGGAAAUUUGCCGUCGUCUGGCCACUGGCGGUGGCGGAAGCCUUCAAAUCGCUCUACUGGAGACCGAGUCUCCAUUGCUGACCUACACAAUUAGUGUUGUAUUUAAUUCUCUCCAUUCCUUUGCCUCUCUCGGAUUCUCCGCCGUCUUCGAAGAUUGCAAUCCAUGGAGAAUCGUGAGGAUUUCCUGUCAAUUUUGCCGUAUUUGCCUUUAAUCCUCCGUUCCUCCGCUGUUUUCUGGCCGCCAUCGGUGGUGGAAGCUCUCAAAUCCCUAUCCAAGGGACCGAGUCAUAGCAAUGUCAACUCCGGACAACUCUUUGCUCUCGCCGUGUCUGAUCUCCGCAGCUCCCUUGGGGAGUAUACUCUUUUCCCGUCAGCCUCUCUCGGCUUCUCACUCUUCUUCGAUGAUUUGAUGAGUAAGGAUGAGGCUGGCAAAUGGUUUACAGAUGUGGUUCCGCGACUUUCUGAUUUGCUACUGAGGUUGCCAGAGCUGUUGGAGACCCACUAUCAGAAUGCAGGUAGCUUCUGUGGAAUGGAAACCGGUCUUAGGUUGUUGGAAUCACAACAACCAGGCAUUGUACUGCUUAGUCAGGAAUUGAUUGCUGCUCUUCUGGUUUGUGCUCUUUUUUGCUUGUUUCCAACCACUAAUAGACGCGCCGAACAUCUUCCACCUAUCAACUUCGAUAAUUUAUUUGCGUGUCUAUAUGAGUGCUAUGAUGUGAACCAGGAGCAUAAAAUAAAGUGCCUUGUUCACUAUUUUGAGACAAUAUGCUUGACUAUACCUUUGGGGAAUGUAUCUUUUGAGCGAAAAGUUCUACCUUUGAAGAACAGCCGAUCUCACAUUGCUUACCCAGAGCCUGAUUUCUGGAGCAAGUCAACUGUAUCUCUCUGCCAAUUCAAGGUACACAAUUCUGGUUUAAUCGAAGAUCAAUCAGUUGAAGCUCUUGAGGUAGAUUUUGCAAAUAAAUAUAUUGGAGGUGGUGCUCUCAGCCGUGGCUGUGUACAAGAAGAGAUCCGCUUCCUGAUCAAUCCAGAAUUGAUCGUCAGCAUGCUUUUCUUACCUUCAAUGGCAGAUAAUGAAGCUAUUGAAAUCGUUGGUGCACAAAGAUUCUCAAAUUACAGUGGCUAUGCUAAAUCAUUCCGCUUUUGUGGUCACCACGAAGACAAUAAGAGCGUUGAUGCCAUGGGAAGGCGCAAGACGAGGAUAAUUGCAAUCGAUGCUCUCUGCAGUCCUGGAAAGAGGCAGUACAGACUCGACUGUCUCCUACGCGAAACAAACAAAGCAUUUUGUGGCUUUCUUGAUCAACAGAAACACCAACUACAUCAAAACCUAUUUCAUGAAUCCAAAAACAGCACUUCCACUACAGAAGAUCUACCAGCUUCUUCUCCAGCACACGAACAAAGCAGGCAUAAUCUGGAAACACAGAACAUCAAGAGCCAGUCAGAUCAACGCCCAAGUCACGAUGCUAAGAUUGGCAUCGCGACAGGCAAUUGGGGUUGUGGUGCUUUUGGAGGAGACCCCGAAAUCAAAGCUGUCAUCCAAUGGCUGGCAGCGUCUCAGACGCUCAGACCGUUCAUCUUGUAUUACACAUUCAGUAUAGAGCCGUUGCAGAAGCUCGAGCUCGUGGUCCAGUGGAUUCUUGCCCAUGGAUGGAGCGUAGGCGAGCUCUGGAGCGUUUUGGUAGAGUACUCGACUCAGAGAGGGAAUGGAGAAGCCAGAGUUGGCUUCUUCAAAUGGCUUCUUCCAUCGUUACACGUCGAUGAUCCAAUGGUUCUGGAUAUGCCUGGUACCAUGUGAAAAUAAUUAUAGAAUUUGAAGAGCUGCAUAAUGUAGUAGGUGAUGAGAAUUUGGAGCCUUGUUUUUUCUUUUCUUUUUUUGCCAUUGAGGCUUGUUGUAGUAUUGAGAUUUCAUUAUUUUGCUUCGUUGUAUUAGACUUUUCAUCUUUGAAUAUAUAAAUUUAGGGAAGUUUUGGGAUAA